AUGGAAUUUUCGGAGAAGAAGCUUUCGCGCGAGGCUAAGAUUCGUCGGAACGCGACGAAUAGUCUAUAUUGUUAUCUUUGUGCGUGCAUCGAUGUAUUAAUUAAAAAAUUAGACUGGAAUUUUUUGAUUGGAAACUCAAAAAGGCGGCCGAAGAAAAUGCUCGAGUUUUUUGCUGUCGAAAAAAUCACUGACAAAUCUGGUGAUAUCAUUUUUGAUGAGACAAUGAGUUAUGAGAUUGAUAAAAAGUCCGAACUGGUCUUCAAUCAGAAAGGAUACCCCAUCCCAAAAAAAGCCACUGAUAACUCCUCUCUUUCUGGAAGUGAGAGAACAAGAUCAAAUCAGAUUUUGCUCCUUCAUUUGUUCAAUUUCACGCUAAAAAAUCGGGAAAUCAUCGCAAAAGACACAAAAACUGUUUGUACAAAAAAAGCCCAAGAGGGCUUUCGUCUUUCCAGUGAAAGGCUCGAGAAGCUUCCAAUUGUGAAUCUCAAAAAUGAGAUCGUCCACGUCAAACGAGAAGAAGCUGAAAAAUCAGUGGGUUGCGCGGUCCACAAAUUCUUAUCCAAUGCUUUUAAAAACUUACAAAAAACGUCCGUUAUAAAUUUGGGAGAUUGCAAUCUUCCUGAGCAAAAUGAUAAGGCGAUUACUUAUGUUAGAAAGACGGAAUAUUUAAGCCUGGUAGAGGGGUGUAAACAAGAGCUGGCAAAAGACGACCACGUGGAGAUACCUUUUGAUGAAAGUUCAUUUGCGAAGAUCAUAAACGGAUCGAUGUCUGCGUUCACGCCAAUGCAGGAGAAGAAUUUCAUUGAGACGAAAGAGAUACGUAAAGAGAAAAAUCCAUUUGACUUUGUCAGUAAAGAGGACUUAAAUGUUGAGUUGGUCUGA